CUCUCAUCCUCCAAUCUUAUCAAUGCCCAGUUCACCGUUCACGCUCGGUUUGGUGCUGCCUCUUCUUCCUGACGCUCAUCCGCAGGUUGGAUCAUAGUACGAUUUCUGCCAUAUCAGAAAGAGCCGUUCUCUGAAGAUCCUCUCUCGCGCCAGCAGCAAGGACUGACUGUAGUGGUUGAUCCCAGUCUUCAUCUGAAUUAUUGUCACCACAACAAGAGAUUCCCGUAAAAUCCCGGUAUGUGGGGCGUCUCUUAUGGACCCCGAUGCGGUUGGAGUUACUGGGGGAACAACACUUACACAUGACCAUCAAAAGUGGGACUCCAGUGGGGAGUACAAAAGUACCCCGCGAGGAAUUAAACUAGACUCUAUCCAAACGGCAUUGUCUCUCUCUCUCUCUCUCUCUCUCUCGGCUCGGUUCAAUUUAUCCAGACACCACACACGGCACGCAGAAAUCACUAUGGACUGCUCAACUAACAUGUGGAUCAUUCUCUGCUAUCUCGGAUUCGUAUGGCCAUUUAUCAAUCUGUCCAUCUUCUCCGAUAAGUGUCGACAUGGAUUGUGGUUUUGGUUCUGCCUGCACAAUAUCGCCGAACAGACGGGGAAGAUCCUCGCUUUUUCUCCCCUAACUAUGAUGUUAUUGCCCCCUCCUGUCGCUAAGCCGUGACCGACAGACAGCCCUACUUGAAUGCAGGGCCCAGGACGGCCCAACUGAUCCAUCCUAAUGCUUUAACUCAGCAACUAGAGUCGCUAACAGCAGGCAAUUAA